CACUGCUAAACAUGGGUGCAUUUUUGGAUAAACCCAAAACUGAGAAACAUAAUGCUCAUGGUGCUGGGAAUGGUUUACGUUAUGGCCUCAGCAGCAUGCAAGGGUGGAGAGUGGAAAUGGAAGAUGCUCACACAGCUGUUGUAGGUAUACCUCACGGCUUGGAAGACUGGUCGUUUUUUGCAGUUUAUGAUGGUCAUGCUGGAUCCCGAGUGGCAAAUUACUGUUCAACACACUUAUUAGAACACAUCACUACUAAUGAAGACUUCAGGGCAGCUGGAAAAUCAGGAUCUGCUCUUGAGCUCUCAGUGGAAAAUGUCAAGAACGGUAUCAGAACUGGCUUUUUGAAAAUUGAUGAAUAUAUGCGUAACUUUUCAGACCUCAGAAAUGGGAUGGACAGGAGCGGUUCAACUGCAGUGGGAGUUAUGAUUUCACCUAAGCAUAUCUACUUUAUCAACUGUGGUGAUUCACGUGCUGUUCUGUACAGGAAUGGACAAGUCUGCUUUUCUACCCAGGAUCACAAACCUUGCAAUCCCAGGGAAAAGGAGCGAAUCCAAAACGCAGGAGGCAGCGUAAUGAUACAACGCGUUAAUGGUUCAUUAGCAGUGUCUCGUGCUCUGGGGGACUAUGAUUACAAGUGUGUUGAUGGCAAGGGCCCAACAGAACAACUUGUUUCUCCAGAGCCUGAGGUUUAUGAAAUUUUAAGAGCAGAAGAGGAUGAAUUUAUCAUCUUGGCUUGUGAUGGGAUCUGGGAUGUUAUGAGUAAUGAGGAGCUCUGUGAAUUUGUUAAAUCUAGGCUUGAGGUAUCUGAUGACCUGGAAAAUGUGUGCAAUUGGGUAGUGGACACUUGUUUACAUAAGGGAAGUCGAGAUAACAUGAGUAUUGUACUAGUUUGCUUUUCAAAUGCCCCCAAGGUCUCAGAUGAAGCAGUGAAAAAAGAUUCGGAGUUGGAUAUGCACUUAGAAUCACGGGUUGAAGGUAAGAAAGGUGCUUUUUAAAAUUAUUUAGAC